GAGGAAAGCGAAACUGAGGAAGAGCAGCAAAGCAAGCAGGUUGAGUUGGAACACGCCAGCUGAGGUUUCCUGGAGAAGAAGCUAACUCAAAAUUCAAGCAAAAAAAGAAAAAGUUCAGUUCAAGAAGAAGAAAUUAGGAAAUGGAUGUGAUAAAAACGCAGCAAAUCUCAGCGAGGCCGAUCGAGAAGGUGAUAGUUCACCCUCUGGUUUUGCUCAGCAUCGUCGACAACUACAACAGGGUCGCCAAGGACACUCGCAAGCGCGUCGUCGGAGUUCUGCUUGGCUCCUCUUUCAAGGGCACCGUUGACGUCACCAACAGCUAUGCCGUGCCCUUUGAAGAAGAUGACAGGGACCCUAGUAUUUGGUUUCUUGAUCACAACUACCAUGAGGCCAUGUAUGCCAUGGCGAAGAGAAUAAAUGCAAAGGAGCAUGUUGUGGGAUGGUACAGUACGGGUCCCAAAUUGCGAGAAAAUGACUUGGACAUUCACGCUUUAUUUAAUGACUAUGUCCCAAAUCCUGUCUUGGUCAUAAUUGAUGUCCAACCAAAGGAGCUGGGUAUACCCACAAAAGCUUACUGUACUGUUGAAGAGGUUAAAGAGAAUGCUACCCAGAAAAGCCAGAAGGUGUUCGUUCAUGUGCCUUCUGAAAUUGCUGCCCAUGAAGUUGAGGAAAUUGGAGUGGAACACUUGCUUAGAGAUGUGAAGGAUACAACCAUCAGCACUCUCGCAACAGAGGUUACAGGGAAACUCACAGCCUUGAAGGGAUUGGAAGCAAGACUUCGAGAGAUUCGGGGUUAUCUUGACCUUGUUAUUGAUGGAAAGCUCCCUUUAAACCACGAGAUUUUGUACCAUCUACAGGAUGUGUUCAAUCUACUUCCAAAUCUUAAUGUUUCCGAGUUGAUCAAGGCUUUUUCAGUGAAAACAAAUGAUAUGAUGUUGGUUAUCUAUCUUUCUUCUCUCAUCCGAAGUGUUAUUGCUCUUCACAACUUGAUUAACAACAAGAUGCACAAUAAGGAGCAUGAAAAGGCAGAAGACUUGAAACAAGUUGCUGUACCAGCUGCAGCCGGAAGCUAAGAAGUAUCUAUAUACGGCUUGGAGCUUUGAGGGGCGUCAUCUGUCGACUAAGAUAACUAAAAUGCGUACUCUCACUUCGUUCCAGCCUCAAUGAAUUUCAAGUUGGAAUUGGAGGGAUGCAUAGGACAUGGCCGAUUUAAUAAUUACCCCUAAUUUUUUGCCAUGUCCCAGAUGGUGCUCAGUUUCUUUUGAACAUAUAAUUUACGGGUUGUCAAGUGAUGAUGGACAUAAUCAUUUUGUACUCUAAAACUUGGGUUGCUUUGCUUCCCAUCUUACUCUGUAGACCCAUUUCAUCGGUUUUAUUAACCUUAUGACUCAUUUAUGCGAUGUUACAAUUCUACCA